UGAUCGUCUUCUCGAUAUAAUGACACGACGUCUAUACUACUAUUCUGUGCGAAAAUAAACAAAAUGAGACAAGUGACUCCAUUGUUGUUAUUAGUAGCAUUACUCGUACAUUUAGUGAGUUCUAAGGACCUAGUUGUUGGCACGAGAGUCAAUAAUUUAUUGAUAUCGACUGAGAAAGUUGUUGUUAAAGGUUAUCCACUGAUAAGACGAGAUAAAGAUUACACGUAUACCGAUCCUAAGCAGAGGAGUAUAAAGGGUAUCAUCGCUCGUGAUCUUAAUCGGUCAGAGGCGGAAGUGACGGUCACCGAUGGCGGCUUGGGUUCAUCUCACGUCACAUUACACUUGAAGAGCCCGAGAGGGGAAGGUCUCAACUAUCUCAUACUUAUUUUCACUAAUAAUAGUUAAUUUAAUUAUAGUAAAUUAUUUUCAGGGAUAUUGGUGUUAAUUGUGACAUUACAAAUUAAAUUAAACUAAUGUUUUGUGACGUAUUACUUUUGAAUAACUGAAUUUUUUUCUCUGUAUGAGCCUAUGGAACAGAAUUUUGAUAAUCUAUUAAAUUCCAAAACUAAUUUACAAAAAACUACACUAAUCUUAAAAAUAGUUAAAUUCAGUCAACAGCAUAUUUCACAGUCACAGCAAGUAUUGACCUCACUGUUUUAUAAUUUACAAUUGUCUUACAAAUUGUUUCCUUGACCUUUACUAUGUAUAAAAUUGAAUCAAUAUAAUUUGAAAAGAAAAUAA